UUGCUUAUUUCUUCACCGUGUGGGAGGUUGUUGAGGGCGAGGUCGGAGGCUAAAGGAGGCUUUGUCCCCACUGUAAGGAGGUGGGUCUAGUGUCGGGCACAUUCACUGCCUGCUACGCCGCCCUGGAAACCUUGGUGCCCGGGACUGACCGGGUCGCUCAGCUGUCAUCACUUCACUCCGCCCCCCGAGUCCGAUGGGGGCAGUCGCGCCCAGGGCCCAGGCGCAGGGACGAAAGGGCCCUAUGAGAGCACAAGAAGAUGGUCAUCCACAAGCCAAGGAGAGAGGCCUCAGGAGAAACCAAACCUGUUGACACCUUCAACUUUUAACAUCCAGAAUGUAAGAAAAUUUCUGUUGAUUAAACUACUUCAGUCCAUAAUAUUUUGUUAUAGCAGUCCUAGUAGACUAACACAAUUGUCAUUUAAUGUGUUUUCCUCACCAAAUAAAGUGGACAUCCAAAAAGAUAGUUAGGGGACAUACUUGAUACAAUUAUAAAAAGGCUACAAGCACACCUACCUAGUUGGCUCAGUCAGUGGAGCAUGUGACUUUUGACCUUAUGGUUGUGGGUUCCAGCCCUACCUUGGGUGUAGAGAUUACUUAAAAAUAAAAUUGGGAUCCCUGGGUGGCUCAGCGGUUUAGCACCUGCCUUUGGCCCAGGGCAUGAUCCUGGAAUCCCAGGAUCGAGUCCCACAUCGGGCUUCCUGCAUGGGGCCUGCUUUUCCCUCUGCCCGUGUCCCUGCCCCUCUCUCUCUCUCCCUCUCUCUCUCUCUCUGUGUGUGUGUGUGUCUCUCAUGAAUAAAUAAAUAACAUCUUUUUUAAAAUAAAAUAUAUUUUUUUAAUCCCUAGCCGACUCCAGGAUGAGAGUGAGCCCCAGUCAGGACUGGAUCUCAGGACCCUGAGAUCAUUACCUGAGCCAACACAAUAGCAGGGGAUGUCAACCAACUGCCCUACCUAGGUGCCCCUAAAAAUAAAAUCUUUUUUUAAAAGGCUACACAGUAUAAAUUAGCUUUUUACAAAAUUUAGAGGAUUUAUUAUAGAGCUUCUAAUUUUGCUUCCACUUCUCAAAAAUCACUGAAGAAGUAGGUAGUGGACUUUUUUGUGGGAACCAGAAAUAAAUCCUGUUUGCCCACCAGCUUGAGGGCAGCAGCCUAACAUGCCUUUUCUUCCUCUUCUGUUAUGGGCCUGGGUUAAGUCUUUUUUUUUCCUUCCUAACAAACACAAUACAAAACUGAGUAAUGCUUCAGGCUAUAUACAUUUGAAGAACAAUACCAGAACGUUUCCAGCCAUGGGUGAACUCUUAACGUCUGAACGAUUCUACCGAAUGAGAUGUAGGUAGAGGAUUUCGGAGCAUCUUAAAUAUUUUUAUCCUCUGGGAGCAGGCUGAACUCUAUAGUCGAAAAACGUCUCCAAGCCGCGUUUAACAACGAGCAAAAUCCCUCCUUGCUUUGACGCAGGAGCACCACUAGCAUUCUCAGGCUGCCUCCUGGAACAUCUGGUAGAACGCCCUUUGCAAGUACUACAACUCCCUGAAGACUCUGCGAUGGGAGGCCGCAGUCAUGAGCCAAUGAGGGACCAAUAUGAGGGAUUUCCGAGCGUGCGCACCAAUUCGGGGCGGGACUUCUGGCUUAUCGUCAUCCUGAUCUGCUUCUCGUUGAUUCUUUUACUCGGUCAGAGGUUCUGGAGCUCCGAGUCUGGAUUCUGGUAACGGGACCAGAGAAAGGGCGGGAGGAGGCGCUGUCCCCGCCGCACAUCUUUGGGUCCACAGCUCGGCGACGCCGCCCGGGCUGCUCCGCACGUGGGCUCGGACAGGGAUCUCCAGCCCCGGUGUCCGCCGUACCCCCCCCCUCCCCCGAGUCCAAUGGCGGCAGCCGCGCCCAGGGCUCCAGCGCAGGGUGGCGUGACCUUUGAGGAUGUUGCUGUGUAUUUCUCCCAGGAGGAGUGGGAUCUCCUUGAUGAAGCUCAGAGACUCCUGUACCACGAUGUAAUGCUGGAGAACUUUGUACUUAUAUCCUCACUAGGUUGCUGCUGUGGAGUAGAGGAUGCAGAGGCACUCUUUGAACAAAGCAUUUCUGUAGGUGUGUCACAGCCCUGGACUCAGAAGGAACCUCGGUCUCCCCAGAAGACCCACCCCUGUGAGAUGUGUAGUUCAGUCUUGAGAAAUAUUUUCCACUUGGUUGGGCACCAGGGAAAACAAAAGAAUCAGAAAUUUUUCAAAUAUGGGACAUGUGUGAAACAAAUUUAUUCCAGUGCAGACCUUCAGCAGCAUGAGAAGCAGCAGGUGGGAGAAAAACCCUUUGUAAGCAGUGUGGACAGGGCAUCAUUUGUGAAGAGCAGCAAUUUCCAUGAUUCAGGAAAGUCCUUCACCUGUGAGGUAGUUGAAGAGGACCUCUUGGCCCCCUCAGAACAUUUCCAACACCAGUCCACUCAUACUGGGGAGAAUAAAAUCACUGAGUCUGGGGUGACUUCUCAAAGCUUAAAACAUCAUAACACCUGGGAAGAAUGCAGGAAACCCUUUGGUCCCAAACACACACUUGGUCAGGACAAGGGUGUCCACACUGGAAGACAGUGUUUUGUGUGCCCUGAAUGUGGAAAAACAUUCAGGUACAAGUCCUCACUUAUAAUUCAUCAGAGGGUCCACAAUGGUGAUAGGCUUCAUGUGUGUAGUGACUGUGGAAAAUCCUUUAGGGGAAGCUCAACCCUUAGUCAACAUCGAAGAAUUCAUACUGGGCCAAGGCAGUACAAAUGCAGCAAAUGUGGGAAAUCCUUUAGCCAAAAAUUUGUCCUCAUUUAUCCUCAGAGAAAUCACACUGAAGAAAAUUGUUAUGUGUGCCGUAUAUGUGCUCAGUCUUUUAGCCAGAACUCCAUCCUUAUUCGACAACGUACAAUUCACACUGGAGAAGUGAGUUAUGAGUGUACUGAAUGUGAGAAAUCUUUUAGACGAAAAUCUGAUCUUAUUGAACAUUGGAGAGUACAUACAGGAGAAAGGCCUUAUGAAUGUAGUGAAUGUGGAAAAUCUUUUACUUCUAGCUCUGCACUCCGUUAUCAUCAGAGAAUUCACACUGGAGAAAAACCUUAUAAGUGUAGUGAAUGUGGGAAGUCUUUUACGUCUAGUUCUGGCCUCCGUUAUCAUCAAAGAAUUCAUACAGGAGAGAGACCAUAUGAGUGUAAUGAUUGUGGGAAAUCUUUUACCCAAAUAAAUCACCUCAUCAUACACCGAAGAGUUCAUACUGGAGAAAGGCCUUAUGAAUGUAGUGAAUGUGGAAAAUCUUUUAGCCACAAAUCUUACCUCUCUCAACACCAGAGAGUUCACACCGGAGAAAGGCCCUAUGAAUGUAGUGAAUGUGGAAAAUCUUUUACCUCUGGCUCUGCCCUCUGUUAUCAUCAGAGAGUUCACACUGGAGAAAAACCUUAUGAGUGUAGUGAAUGUGGGAAAUCUUUUACCAAUGGACCAAUACUUAUUCGACACCGUAGAGUUCACACAGGAGAAAGACCUUAUGAGUGCAGUGAAUGUGGAAAAUCCUUUACCCAAAGAAAUCACCUCAAUAUACACCAGAGAGUUCACACAGGAGAAAGGCCUUAUGAGUGCAAUGAAUGUGGAAAAUCAUUUACGUCUGGCUCUGCCCUCCGUUAUCAUCAGAAGGUUCACAUUGGAGAAAGACCUUACGAGUGCAGAGAAUGUGAGAAGUCUUUUACUUCUACCUCUGCCCUCCGUUGUCAUCAGAGAGUUCACACAGGAGAAAGGCCUUUUGACUGCAGUGAAUGUGGGAAAUCUUUUAGGGAUAGUUCCCAGUUGAAUCAACACCAGAGAGUUCACACUGGAGAAAAGCCUUAUGAGUGUAGUGAUUGUGGGAGAUCAUUUAGUCAAAAUUCAUACCUCUCUAAACACCGGAGAGUUCACACUGGAGAAAGGCCUUAUGAGUGCAGUGAAUGUGGGAAAUCUUUUACUUCUGUCUCUGCCCUUGGUUAUCAUCAGAGAGUUCACACUGGAGAAAGGCCUUACGAGUGUAGUGAAUGUGGGAAAUCUUUUACCAAUAGCUCCAUACUGAUUCGACAUCGCAGAGUUCACACAGGAGAAAGGCCUCAUGAGUGCAGUGAAUGUGGAAAAUCCUUUACCCAAAGAAUUCAUCUCAUUAUUCACCGGAGAGUUCACACAGGAGAAAGGCCUUUUGAAUGCAAUGAGUGUGGGAAAUCUUUUACCUCUCGUUCCACCCUACAUUAUCAUCAAAGAGUUCACACAGGAGAGAGGCCUUAUGACUGCAGUGAAUGUGGGAAAUCUUUUAGUCGAAAAUCUAAUCUUUCUCAGCAUCGGAGAGUUCACACUGGAGAAAGGCCUUAGAUGCAUAGGAAUGUAGUUUCCUUGUUCAGAGUAAUGAUACCAGAGGAAACUCUGUGAGGCACCAUUUGUCUGAAUUCAAUCUACUAUAUCCAAAUGCCAAUAGUAAGGAGAUUUCCCUUAAGUUUCAGUUAUGUGGGAAGCAGUGUGGCUAUGUUGCAUUUUCUAAACUGCCUAGGGCUCUUUCCAGAUUUACAUUACUGCCAGUCUUUGGCCAAAGCAAUGUACUUCUACCACUUGGCAUGUCUCCACAACAUGCAUCAGUCAUCACCCCAUUGUGCUCAGGGAAGAUGACCUCUGCUCUCAUUGGUUGAAGGAAAUUAGGAGUAACCUGAGUCCUUAGGGGGACCCACAUUUCCUUUUUUCUGACUAACUGGCAUGGACCUGACCCAUACUGUCCUAGAGAACCUCCAUAUUGUCCUAGGACCACCGUUUGCAGGGACAUGGUCUCCAGAGAUAUGUGUGAUUAAUUUUCCAGCUUCCAAGUCACUAAUUCAAAAACUGCUAGCCCCUAUUGGUUUGGUUUGUACAGUAACAAGUCCUUAUUGUUUAAGUCCUCUUUAAUUUUGGGUGUUCUCUUUACCAUGUAUGUGGUUUAUUAAACAUUUUGAGGUCUAUAAGCAUGCAGGAGUAAACAACUUUCAUUGGGGAGGAGGGUCUCAAACUUUCUGUGUAUCUCAAGGUGUCAAUAUGGUGGCAGAAAUUAGCUUACCAGUUUUUGCUAAAUUUGUAUUCCCCAUGGCUUCCUAGGGAAAACUGCAGGGUUUUCUGGUCCUGAUUUGAGACCGGAUGCAAUGAGUUUUGGGAGUCUCCAAGGUCACCCCCAGGAGAUCAGGUGUGAGAACCUCAGUUCCUUCUAGGAGCAGCAUGAAAGUUUUUCCCUUGUUCACAGAGGAUAUCAUAGAGGAUGCCAGCACUGUUGAGGGGAACUUCUUCCCCAGGUCCUGCAAAAAGCCAUAUGCCCUGAUGUCCACAUUUCUGUAGGUGGUGGUCACUGGUUUUAAGGCCAUAAGGGUCAGGGGGAAACCAGAACUACUGCAGAAACACUGGCUUAAUAGUGGAGGGGACUACAGCCAAUUAUAUGGAAUGUGCCUCUUCUAAAAGUGCACGCAGAAAUACUUCUGCAGUGAGGACUGCUGAGCUGGUGUGUGCACAAAUCUGUGGACCUCCAGGUAUAUCUAUUUUGUGUAGCUUAUGUCUUCAUUGGAAAGAAUUGAAAGGUAUUUUGGAUUCCUGUAGCCUAGUGAUGUUCACCUCAAGACCAUUGCUGCACAGGGAGGAAAACAGAUCGAGAAAGCAGGGAUCUGUAGACCAGGGAUGCGGCUUUCGUGACCCGGUCAGCAGUCUUUUUGGCUGUAGUGGAAAGUCUUUGAUUGCUAUAUUUUCUUUCACUGAGCAAAACUGGCCUCCACAAGGCAAGAAUGUGCGGUGAAUGUAGGGCUGCAAAACCUAUUUUCCAAAAAGAGUUGGACAGAUUUUUAAUCUUGAAUCAUUUUUUAAAGCUUUAUUAAAGUAUAAUUUACAUGUAAUAAAUUGUACAUAUUGGAAAUGUAGUCUUCAUAAGUUUUGACGUACUGAUGACCCUGAAACAUCAUAGUCAUGAUAGUGAGCAUAUGUGUCAUUGCAUAUUUACCUCAUGUUCUUAGUAAUUUCUCUCCCUGUCUUCCCAGUCCUCUGAGUCACCAUUGACUUACUUUCCAUUGUAAUAGAAAACUCUUAUUUUCUAUGAUUUAUAUAAUAGGAGUCUGAAUUAUUUCCUUCCUGUUUUUAUGUUGCAUAAAUAAUUGUAGAAUCAUCAGUGAUAUAUAAGUAGCUUGUUUUGUGUUUGGUGGUUUGUGGUUUUUUGUUUUUUUUUUUUUUUUUUUUUUUUUUUGCUGAGAAAUAUUCUUGUUUUUGAGUAUAACACUAUUAGUUUACCCAUUAAUUUGUUUAUGGACAUUUGGGUAUUUCUAAUUUUUGCCAAUGGAAAAUAAGGAUACAAACAUUUGUGUGUAAUUAUUUAUAUGGACAUGUGUUUCACUUAAUCUUUUGUCAAUAACUCAGUGGAAGGUCUGAGUCAUAGAGUAGAUCAGUGUUUAACUUAAAUUAGUAAAUUGUGAUCUAAACGAUUAUACCUUUUUGCAUUCUCACCAGCAGUGUAUGAGAGUUGCAUUUCCUGCAUAUCUUAGUGAGUGGUUUAGUUUGAUCAGUUGUUCUUAAUUUUUACCCUUUUUAUAAAUGUGUAGUGCUGUCUUAGUGUUUGAACUGCAUUUCUAUAAGGAGUCACCGUGACUAUUUCAGAUGUGCAUUUGCUAUCUAUAUUUUUGCUAAAAUGUCUGUUCAUAUUUUCUGCCUAUUCUAUGAAUUGUGAGUAUUCUUUUACAAAGGAAUGUGAAAGAUAUGUUGGAAUUUCACUCAUUUUGUGACUUUUUAACUUUUUGGAGUCAUUUUUAAUACUGGAAGUGUAUGUUCUCAUUGUUUUCAGUUUUUUUAUGCUAUGUAUAACGUAAUGGACAUAUAUAUAUACUUUUAAUUUUAAUCUACAUUAUUGACAUUUUUGCUUUUAAAGUCCAGACAUUUAAAAAUACAAUAAACCGUUGCUUUGUA